AUGUCUGAAUCAAAAGCGAAGAAAAAUCACAAAGUGUCACCGAUUUUGAGACAGCUCCUGGCAGUGAGUGGCGUGGUGAUAUACAUGAUUGGCACGGGAGCCAAUAUCGCCUAUCCCGGCGUGUUACUACCGCAGCUGCGGCAGCCCGAUUCUGCACUACGACUCACACCUGAUCAUGAAUCCUGGAUAGCUUCAAUCCUCGGCCUGGCUUUGAUUUCUGGUAUCAUAGUGGCGCCCUUCAGUCUCCAGAAGCUAGGACGAAGACUGACCAACCAACUGAGCACGCUUCCAGCACUGGGUGGCUGGGCGGUGCUGGGCGCCGCUAAAGGGCCCGCUGCUCUCCUCAUCAGCCGAACUUUGCUGGGAUUCGCUAUGGGUCUCCAAGCGGCAGCAGGUCCAGUAAGCAUAGCGGAGUACUCAUCUCCCAAACACCGUGGAGCGUUCCUUGCAACCAUCGCAUUCUCACUCGCAUUAGGCAUGCUUGUAGCUCAUAUAUUCGGGACCAUACUCUAUUGGCGAGCGGCCGCUGUGGCUUGCGGCAGUUUCUACAUCAUAUCAUUGAUCUUGAUUUCCAUAUCUCCAGAAACACCGCCAUAUUUAGCGUCGCGCGGCAAGAACAGCGAAUGCCGAAAGGCUUUUAAAUUAUUAAGAGGAGAUGAUGAAAAUUCGGACAAAGAAUUGGAAGUUCUAAUCAACAGCCAGAGAAAGACCGUAGGUCCGAAGGUGCCCCAGUUCACGUUCUAUCGACAGAUGAUCACGAAACCUGAAUUCUACAAGCCUACGGUCAUAAUGAUGUUCAUGUUUAUACUGUUCCAAGUAUCAGGUAUGACUGUUGUGCCAUCGUACACCGUGUACAUUAUGGAAGAAGUCUCAGGUGAAACCAUUGAACCGUAUACAAGCAUGCUGAUGGUAGACAUUGUUAGAUUUUCAACCGCCGUUAUAGCUUGUAUUGUUAUCAACAAAUUCAACAGAAGGACCGUCCUUUUCCUGGGUAUAAUUAUCACAGUGGUUUCUCUCCUGACAACUGCUUUGUUGCUCUAUCUUCGAGAUGGCGGAUAUAUACUAGACAAAUAUAAAUGGACACCUGUAUUACCCACUCUCUGCUAUAUAUUCGGGAAAACUCUAGGAAUUUUACCUAUCCCCUGGGCGAUAGCUGGCGAAAUAUUUCCUUUGGCAUACAGGAGCGUGGGGAGUGGUAUAUCAGGAAUGUUCCUCUCGAUUAUGUUCUUUGUCGUUGUUAAAACUGCACCGUCUUUGUUCACGCAAAUUGGCAUUAACGGGACGUUCUGUGUUUAUGGAAUCUGUGUCACGAUUUGUGGAGUUUUUCUAUUCUUCCUCCUGCCAGAAACCAAAGGAAAAACUCUGUAUGAGAUUGAGUGUCAUUUUAAAGGGGAGAAGGCAGGGAUGAUAAAAGCGGAUGUGUCCGAGAAGGACAAAAUGCUGGAGUUAAAAAAUGUGGAAGAGGGUUGA